AUGCCAUUCACCCUUGUUCUCCUUGUCGCGCGUAAGCCGGGUCUCUCCCUCUCAGCCUUCAAACAUCACUGGGAAGCGAAACACCUACCUCUCCUCAAAUCACUCGUGGGGCUCGAUUUCCCUCUCUCGCAUACUCGUCACUACCUUGAUCGCGAUCCCGAGCUUGCUAUGACUCCAGCCAAUAUUCUCUUUGGCACUCAAGAAGACUUCAAUUUCGAUGCCAUUGCAGUGUUUACGUUCAUCGAUAGGGCGCAUUGGGAGAGGUUCUGGGAGAAAGUUUCGAGGAAGGAGGCAAAGCAAUUGCUAACCGAAGACGACGAGAAGUUUCAAGACAAAGAGAAGUUGAAGGCGGUGUUCAUUGGGGAUACCAAGGCUACGGGACGGGAUGGGGGCGCUGUGGGGUGGCGUUUUGUUGGCAGCGUUUAGGGAGAUAUCACUUCCUGACCGGGCGGCCUCGAAUUUUGGAGCUCUG